UCUCCGUCUCUCUCAUCACUUUUCCUAAACUCAAACUCAAGAAGAACUUCCUUCCAUUCAUCCAGAUCUGGAUUCCUUCCACUUCAUCUCAGGAACUACACGUGAGGAAUAUUUACGGAAGGGUGUAACCAGUUUGCAGCUGGAAUGGAUGCAAUGGACCCAGGUGAAGAAAAUGCAGGCUAUGGCUCAAUGUGAAAGAACCAAGUGCUUGCCCUUCUUAUGAAGAUAUAGUAAAGCUUCCAAAUAAGGUUCUUCUAUGGCGUGCUCAAAUCUUUUGAGGCACUUGCAGAAGAGGGUUUUCCCAGCUAUAUGUUCACUAUCGGUUCCAGGUUACAUGUUUGGCAAAGCCAUUGUUUGCUCUGAGGCUGUAGCUGAGGCUGCAAGAUAUGGUUUUACUGCUGUAGACAGGCCUGAAGGGUUCUUGGUUUUGGCUAUUGCUUCACUGGGAAAUGAGAUUACUGAGAUGAAAAGUCCCCCUGAGUUAAGCAAUAGUUAUUAUCCUAUAUGGUUUUCACUUACGAAACUAUUAUUGAUAUGGUUAUGAAAAUGAUUCCGGGACAGGAUACAAUAUCUUUGGAGGAAAAAAAGAUUGGAGUGAAGGGGCUUGGGAAGAAGAAAACAGAUGAAUCAGAGCAUUUUAUUUGGAAAGAUGACAUAAAAGUUCCUUGUGGUAAAAAGUGGAGUACUGCUUAAGUGGAAGUUAGUGUGUUUAGUACUUCAGCUAUGCCUUAGUAAUUUUAAUAUUUGUAAGUUUGAAUUUGAAUUGUUUUAUAUGGUAUAUUAUUCUAACUAACUAUGCAUCCAUUGAUAGUUGCAAAUUCUCAUGUUGGAACUAUGUGUAGUUUGUUCAAAGUUAGGUUGGAACUUUUCGGGAAAUAUCAUGUUUUUGGGAACCGACAUACCAAUAACUAAUCAUCUCUUGCGUGAAGUUUCUAAUUUCAAAUGAAGCACAUAAGUUUUUGAAGAACUGAUCAUAUUUUUACAUUCAUAUCAGCUAAAUCCAUUUCUUCCUUCUUCUGCUAGAAAACAUGAGUGUUGCAGAAAUUGCUCGAACUGUAGUGGGCAUCAUA